ACCAUACCCACAUUCUAACUACGCAUCGAUGAAGUAUCUCACCAUCGAUUUCUUCCCACUUUACUAGAAAGUGGAGCAUUUUAAGAAAAAAAUAAUUCCUCAAAAUGACAGAAAUGGACACUUAUUCUCUCUCCUUGCUGGAAAUUUUGGCCACGUCAGUUGCAAAAAUGGGCCCAAUACCGGAUCACAUUGCCAUCAUAAUGGAUGGAAAUCGCCGCUAUGCGAGAACAAAAGGGUUAAACACUGUGAACGGGCAUGAAGCUGGGUCAAGGGUGAGCCUCGGUUUGGAAGAGUGGAUCAGAGCGAUCGGAUGUAACGAACUUACCGUUUACGCCUUCUCCUCCGAAAACUUUAAGCGCACUAAGGAAGAAAUCGCAGGCGUGAUGGAUGUCAUUUAUAAAAAGAUUGGAUCUAUGAUACAAGAUGUUGAAACCGGAAAAAAUAGGGAUACGAGUUUCCAAGUGAUCGGAAAUUGGGAAAGUAUUCCGUCAAAGUUGAAAUUUCGCUUGGCAAACUUGAUGCAGAAAACGAAAAACUUUAAACCCUUCAAGCUCAAUAUGGCCGUGGGGUAUACAGGUCGGGAAGGCAUUCUUCGAAGUUUGAACGCAUUUGAAGGUACCAAAUCCGACAAGGUCAACGAUAACUCGGACAUAAUCCCGCCAUCCAAAUGGAACGAGUAUUUAAUCGAACAGGCCCAAAAUCUGAGUGACAUGAAACCCGUGGACCUGCUAAUUCGGACCGGGGGAGAUCUGCGACUAUCCGACUUCAUGAUGUGGGAGGCCAGCCACGCCUAUGUCCACUUCAUUCCUACCACCUGGCCUGAAUUUAGCUUCACUGAUUUUAUCCACGCCAUUUUCAAGUACCAGUUGCACCGAUAUGGGGUGCCAAAACAGCUUUCUGCAAAACAGUCCCUAUCCCGGGAGGAAAUGACUUUCGCGGAAAAAAUGUUGCAACUACCACGCACAGAACGGUGGACAAGGAUUGUUCGAAUGGGAAACAAGGAUGUCCCACUGGAGGAAGUUGAAGCGGAAUAUUCUCCAAACAAUGAAAAGUUUUCAGGCGCUGUUAAAUUUUAAAUGACCAAAUGACCACAAUUUCCAACAUUAUGUAUGUACGGGUACAUAUGCAUGUAUGUAUGCAUGUUUGUACAUAUGUAGGUAUGUACAUACUCCUGUUUUAUUAUCUAUAAAACCUUAUGGUAAAAGGUGAAGUUAAAACCCAUUAAAAGGUUUCCACCUGGUUCAUGAAAUUCGCACCUAUUUCCUUUCAAAAACUCGGUGUUAAUUAAUGUGCAAUUACCAGAAAAAAAUUAGUACUUAGGUAAUAAAAACUGCGAAAUAUAUGUUAAUCUGAUUUAUACACAUUUGUUUAUAUGCACCAAAGCUACAAGCGGUAUGAAUGAAGUUUUUGAGAGGAACUGGGAAUUUAUCAAAAAAUUAUGCGACUUCAUGACCUGGCCUGGAGGGGGUGGUGCGUUUUACCCCAAAAUUUAAUUGGAUCCUCCCCCAUCGUCAUUUUUGGCGGAAGCUGAUCUCGUCGAAUUAUUGGAGCUCGUCGAAACUGGCUUAAUCUUAGCUUAAAAAACUCACCGCCAUUUUAUUCAUCUAUGAUGACUAUGCAAUUUCGUCGUCCAGAAUUUUAAAAUAAAUUCCCAAAGCCGUGCAAUAAUAAAAAAUGUGUUUUCCAUAA